AUGUGCAGUGGUAAGCUGCAGACAGGUUUACUGGUGGCCGGCUACUUCAUCUACCUGCUGGUGGGUGCAGCCGUGUUCCAGGCGCUGGAGAGGACCACUGAGAAGCAGGAGAAAAUAGCAGCUGUCCAGAUGAAGGAGGCUUUUCUGAAGAACACCCAGCUCACAGUAGCAGAGAUGGAGCAGUUUAUGAAGAACCUGACUGAAGCCAUUCAGAAUGGAGUAUACCCUGUUGGAAGUGAAUCACAGGUUGAAGACAGCAACUGGGAUUUCAGUAACUCCUUCUUCUUUGCAGGCACGGUUGUCUCCACAAUAGGCUAUGGCACGCUACAUCCUAAAACUGCUGGGGGCCAGAUCUUCUGUGUCUUUUUUGCUCUGUUUGGAAUCCCCCUGAAUAUUGUAUUCCUCCACCGUGUCGGUAAGAUGCUCUCACUGCUGUGUAAAAAGCUGGGGAAAUUCCUGUAUGAGAAAGGAAUGAGAAAGAAGAAGAUUAAUUUUCUGACCCUUUUGUUCUUCCUGGCAACGGGGAUCCUAGUUUUUCUGUGCUUGCCAUCAGUCUUCUUCCACAUGACAGAAGGCUGGUCCUACAGCGAAGGAAUUUACUUUGCAUUUAUCACCCUUAGCACCAUUGGCUUUGGAGAUUACGUAGUAGGUAAACAGCCUGGCAGGAGUUACUUUUCCUACUACCGAACGCUGGUGGCCAUUUGGAUUCUUUUCGGCCUUGCCUGGAUUGCUCUCCUAUUUAAUUUAUUGACAACCGUACUAGAAGAUACUGAAAAAAUAAUUGUCAAGGAUCUCCAUCAAAUUGGGAAGAUGAGUAAGGACAAUGAAGCAAGCCAGCAAAGAAGAUGUCAGCCUGCUCAAUUUAUUCCGGAAGAAGAACUACUACCACCACGUGCUAGAGGGGAUGCACAGAAACAGGACUCCCGGGAGCGCACUCCAGAGAAGGCGACUUAA